GGGAUCGACCCGGCGCCGGCCGCCGCCGCCGCUCCCGUGCUCCGGGUGCUGCUGCACCGCGCCGCCAGUCGCCGCUCGCGCAGCGCUGGGGCAGGACCGUCGGCGCCGGCCGGGUGCCCAGUGAGAGCACGUGCUGACGGCGCGGACCGCCGGGCUGUGAGGGUUGGAGCGGAUCCGCCGGGUGAGGCGCAGUGUGUUGUGUGGCGCCGUUGGCUGCUGUGCACCGACGCGCCGCCGCCUGUUGACGUUGGCCCGUUUGGUUAUCUGUGGCUGGCCCCUCCGCCGCCGACGACGCUGCUGCUGCUCUCUGUUCACUGAUGCUGCAGUCGAUGGGCCUGUUCGGAGAGGUGCUGGCGCCGCGGCCCGUGCGGCCGCCGGUGCCGGCGCGCGGCUCCGCCAAGGAGUCCAUCCACUCGGGACACUUCAUGGUGUCCAACUUCCUGCGCGAGGAGGAGGAGCUCGAGGAGCGCCUGAACGCGCCCAUCCUCGAUGACGCCAACUCGGGCGACGAGAGCGUCUCUGGCGAGGUGGUGAAGCAGGACUCUCCCAACUCGGUGCACAUCGACAGCUCGCUCACCAAGCUCUUCAACACGCUGACGAUCGCCUACAGCGAGCAGAUCUCCAACCCGCGCUGGAACUCGUUCCGCGGCAUGAAGCUCAACAUGAAGGACAAGAUCCGGCUCAACAAUGUCAUCUGGCGCUGCUGGCACAUUCAGUUUGUGAAGAAGCAGAACCGCGGCGUCUGUCAUUUCGCCUCGUCAGCGGAGGGCGAGCAGCACAAGCCAGUGGCCGUGGUGCUCGAGGGCAAGUACUGGAAGCGCAAGACGGAGGCGGUGACUGCAGAGUACAAAAAGUGGCGCAUCUUCAACAAGAACCGCGUGGAGCGGCAGCAGGCGCUGGCGCAGGGCCGCAGCAUGAUGCCGCCGGCCGACUGGUCGUUCUCGCCGGCCGGCUCGCUAGACACAGGCCCCGACGGCAUGGACCUGACCGACUUCUCCGACGGCCUGAUGGACAUGUUGAUGCAGCAGCCGUACACCUUCCCCAACCCGCGCGAGAUCCGCGUCGGCGUGGCCGACUUCAUCCAGCCGAGUCUGGUGCAGCUGCAGCCGAGUCUCAGCGACCUGGACAUCAUGGACACGCUGGAGCCGCUGCAGGAGUGGCUCUCCAGCCGACUGCCGACCGUGGACGAGGAGCCCACUGAGCCGCCGCUGCCGGCCGUGCACACACCGCCGCCGCCCGAGCCGACCGUGCAGCCCAUGCUGGUGGAACCCAUCCUGCUGGAGCAGCCGCCGCCGCCGCCGCCGGCGCCGCCCACGAAGCCGCCGCUGCAGCUGGAGUCGCCGCCGGCCACACUCAGCUGUUAUGCGUCUUCAGUGAUGGUGAACUCUGCGCCGCUGGCAGCGGACGCGGUGUUCACGCCUCCGCCGCCGCCGCCCCAGCCGCCGCCACCGGCACCUGCUCGUACUCGCUCGCUGUCCUCCCGUCCCCUGGCCGCCCGGCCGGUCGACAAACCCGUGACCACGCUGGCGGCACCGGUGCGCCAGCCGCGUCACCAGCAGCCGCGCCGCAACUCGCUGACGGAGAUCCAGCGGGCGCGUGCUGCUGGCGCCAUGGAACGCUCCAUCAGCGACUCAUCAAGCGUAGCGCGCGCACGCGGCCUGCUCAGUCUCGGCGCGGAGUCGUCAGGCGGCGGCGGCCAGCCGGUCACCAUGCUCACCCAGCUCCUGACGCCGAGCCGCACCGGCCAGAUUAACCAGGGCGCGCUGGCCUCCAUCGCCGCCUCGGCCUCACCCUCAGUCACCAUGGCCAUGGCGCCGCCGGUGUCGGUGGCUCGGUCCGUGUCUCUGACGGCGCCCGUCUCAAUGACGCGGUCGGGGGCCAUGGCGGCGCCCGCCUCCCUGGCUCGCUCGCUGUCCAUGUCGUCGCCAGUCUCCAUGUCGAUGUCGGCGCCGGGAUCGGUGGCCAUGACGGCGCCCUCGCCGCGGCUCCAGUCGCCGGCCGGAUCCGUGGGCUCGUUCUCGCUACCGUCUCCGCCGGCUCCUGUACCGUCCCCGCCGGAGCCAGGGACCGGCCGUGGCGUCUACAAGGAGCACAGACGUGCCUGCCACAUCAACGCGGAACAGAAGCGACGCGGUAACAUCAAGAGCGGUUUUGAUGUUCUGUACAGUCUGGUGCCGUCUCUGCGGAACAAUAGCAGUGCCAAGGUCAGCAAGGCCGCGAUGCUGCACCAGGGAGCCGAGUACAUCAGUGAGCUGAAGACGGAGCGCUCUCGACUACAGGCGGAGGCGGACGAGCUAAAGCAGGAGAUUGAGCGGCUCAACCAGCAGAUCAACAACUGCCAGGCGAUGCUGCCGGCCACGGGAGCGCCGGUGACGCGCGCCAAACAGAGCAAAACGCAGGAGAUGUUCGACAACUACAUCCGCGAGCGGACGCUGCAGAACUGGCGCUUCUUCGUCUUCUCGAAGCUGCUGCCGCCGCUGCUGGAGAGCUACAGCACCUCGGUGAGCACGUCCAACGUGGACGAGCUGUGCCGCACCGUUCUGGCCUGGCAGGAGCAGAGCUGCGGCCUGGUGCAGUUCCGCCGGCGCGCCACCACCGCGCUCUGCGACCUCUCCAAGACCACCAGCAUCCUGAGCGAGCCGUCCCGACUGCCCAUGGAGGCGGUGAACACGGUGACGCGGCUGCGCCGGCCGACGGCCGAGGACGCUCAGUCGCCGCCCGGGGACGCCGUCUGACCGCAGGCUCUCGGUGGGACACUGAGGAGGGACGCGCCGCCCCCGGAGGAAGGGAGGACCGAGUGAGACCGUGCCGGUGGCGUGGACUGCAGUGUCGUGUCGGUGUGAGUGCUGAGUGAGCUGAAAUGUGCGGCGCCCGUGUGUUUUUAGACGGGGAGCUGCGUCGUCGGGCGGUGGCGAGAGCGCUGCACAGCGGCUGUCGGAGGGACUGGCGCCGACGCCGCCGCGAAGACAGUAUUCAAGUACAACCAGCCGGAUAUUUGUUAUCGUGCCAUCGCGUUAGUGUUGAGUGUGGGUCGGCGGGCCGGCGCCGGCCGCCGGCUGGCGCUGUUGGUGCGCUCCUCUCGGCUCUCAGCGUCUGCCCGGGAGCGGGCUGGUCCCGCCCGGGCGGCUCGGACGGCUCCGGCCGCCGCUCGGCCGGGUGACGAGACUGGCAGCCGCCGCGGAUCCCGCCGGGACUGUCCUUCACGGAGUGGCGGGCGGGCUGACCGACCGCGCACAGCACCGAGGGACUCUCCGCCGGACCGGGCGGGCAGACACUCACCACCCGACAGGUCGGCCUGCCCACUGCCGCCGCGCGCCUAGAUCUUUUUUUCGCUAUCCCUCUUUAUCUCUUUGGCUUUCUCCUUUUGCAUGCGCUAUUGUAUUGUGCAAUAUGUCGGCUCGAGCAGGGCAGCCCGCGGGCCGGAGUGGCCGCAGGGUAGCACUGCCCUGCCCCAGAGGCCUGCAACCCAGACAUGGGACGGCCCUCUUGUCUAGAGAAUAUAUUUUACGAAUAAUGUC